CCUCGGCUCCCUCGUGACCGGACUGAGGAGGGUCACAAAAAAAAAAAAGGAAACGAUAGUAAAAGAGGGGCGACGCCGAGACCUGACGCCCGGCCGACUUCACCCACCUCUUGAGUCUCCUCAGCGCCGCUUCGACGACAUGGACUGCGGCAUCAUCACCUCCAAGACGGUCCUCCUCUUCCUCAGCUUGGUUUUCUGGGGUGCAGGUGCUGGCCUGGCUUACGUUGGCGCUCAAUUGUUUCGCAGCUAUGGCAACUUCGAGAACUUCAUCGAGGACAAGUAUAUGCUCAUCCCGGCCGUGGUCAUCAUCGGCAUCAGCGUGGUCAUGUUCAUCUUUGGCCUGCUGGGAUGCUGCGCCACCAUGCGAGAGUCCAAAGUGGGGCUGAGCUUUUUCUUUCUGAUCAUCAUGGUGAUGUUUGUAGCUGAGGUGGCAGUUUUGGUGCUGGGUUUCAUCUACCAAGGCAAAAUAGACGGAGGUCUGGAGCACUCCAUGAAUGACGUCUUCAUGAAGUAUGACGAUGAGCAGACCAAGGCUGUGGACUACCUGCAGACUCGGUUGCAGUGCUGUGGCGUGUGGAACUACACCAGCUGGUACAACACGACCUGGUAUCAGAGCCACAACACCACCGUCCCAGAGUCCUGCUGUAAAAAUGGCAGCACGCAGUGCACCGGCAGGUUGGACCAGUUAGACCUGCUCAACUUAGAGGGUUGUGAAGGCAAGGUGGAGGGCCUGCUCCACGACGUGCUCAAAUACGCCAUCCUGGUCAUUCUGGGCUUCGCCAUCAUCAAGUUCUUCGGGAUGCUGAGCGUGUGCGUGGUGGCCUGUAAAAGCGGCGGCCGGAGGAGCGGCUACCAGCCUCUUUACGCCUGACCAAAAAAAUUGCCACUUCAGCACCUCAUUUCUGACUCAUUUUGGUACGUCAGCGAGUGUUUCGAGCAUGAAUGUCGCCGUAUCGCAUUUGGCUCAAAUUCACAACAGUUUUUCCGUCUCUUUUUUUUCCCAUUCGUACCACAUUUUUUCAACACAUUGUAUUUUUUUUUUAAAAUCACUGCAUAUGAAUUCAAGUUGUUUCCGAUUUUUCCUUAGAAUGCGCCCUCAUGGGUUUAAGGCCUUAUGCCGAGUUGCGAUAUUUAUAGCUGAUUUGAUUACUCUAACAUUUGCUUUGUUUUAAUGAGGAUGUCAUUUUUUUUUUAGGUCUCAGUGUAGUUACAGCUCCACACGGUUGUAUUGUCUUUCUAAAAUAAAGUAUUUCAUAUAAAAACGCA